AUGAGUAUUUUGAGAAGAAUUUCAGAAAAUCGAAGAAUAUCUGAUAUGUAUAAUUCUUAAUGUUAUAUAUGAUAGUUCAAGAGCUUCAACAGUGAUAAACUUUUAUUAACCAUUUACAGAUAGAAAAUUAUAACGUAUUUUGAUAUUAGAGUAUCUGGGAACAACGUUAUUUGGUAUUGGAUUAUAGUCAGCUAAAGAUGAUUUCUAAAUAUAAUUAGUGAUAUUCUUUUGUAAAUAUUUAUUAUUGAUUAGAAAAAUAGCAAUGUUAUUUUCUGCAAGACAUAGUGGAGCUCAUUAUCACAUAGCUGUGACUUUGAUAUUAAUGUUUAGACCUCAUUAUCCAAUCAAUAGAUUUAGAGGAGUCUUACAAAUUAUUGUAGGAAUAUUGGGGUUUAUGACAGGCGCUUAUUUCGGGUAUCAUAUGUUGAAUAGUUUGUUACUUAUUAACAGGUCAAAUCUCCAGUCCAAGACUAUAAAGUCAUGAGU